UCUUCCUCAGCAUCCUUCCUCCCUCCCGCCCCCCUGCCCGCUCCGCCCCGCCUCUCCCCCCGGCUACGUCGAGAGCCGGGCCCCCGCCGCGAUUCGCCGCCCUCCGCGCUGACCCCGCGCAUCCCAGCCGCGGGCAGGGGGUCACCGGGAGGCCGGGGCGCGCAGAGCCCGGCCCCGCCAGCCGCCGAGCAAGCAGCCCCCCUUAAAUACCUCCGCACCCGCCUCCGCGAGCCGCAGAGCUCGCCGAGCGAGGAGCCGAGCAGAGGCAGCCUCUCGCCAGCGCCGGGGAGCUGCGCGCCCGCGUACCGCCGCCGAGGAGCAGACACAGGGCCGCCCAUGCCUGCGCACUUGCUGCAGGAGGAGGAGUUCUCCUCCACCUCCAACACCACUGCUGGUGACACAGUCACCUCCCGGGUGACCAGGAAUGGAAAUGGCGUCAUGGAGAAGGACUUACUCAACCAUGAGGACUUGGCAGGAGACCGGGGCAUGAUAGAUGAUAUCUUUGAUGAGACCUACCGGGAGAAAGAGGGCCCCAAGCCCCCGCUGCGAUACGUCUGGAGGAAUAUCAUCCUCAUGAGCCUGCUGCACCUAGGGGCCCUGUUCGCCUUGACACUGAUACCUUCUGCAAAGAUCCAGACACUGGCAUGGGCUCUUCUGUGUUUCGUGGUGAGUGCUCUGGGGAUCACGGCUGGAUCUCACCGCCUCUGGAGUCAUCGCUCCUACAAAGCCACGCUGCCCCUGCGCAUCUUCCUGACUAUUGCCAACUCCAUGGCCUUCCAGAAUGACAUCUACGAGUGGGUCCGGGACCACCGUGUGCAUCACAAGUUCUCUGAAACAGAUGCAGACCCACACAACGCCAUGCGGGGCUUCUUCUUCUCCCACAUUGGCUGGCUGCUGGUGCGCAAGCACCCCGACGUCAUCGAGAAGGGACAGAAGCUGGACCUGAGUGACAUAAAGGCUGACAAAGUGGUCAUGUUCCAGCGCAGAUACUACAAGCCUUCAGUGGUGUUGCUGUGCUUCACACUGCCAGCUGUAGUGCCCUGGUACUUCUGGGAUGAAUCCAUCAUCAUCAGCUUCUUCAUUCCAGCCAUCCUGCGCUACACCUUAGGGCUCAAUGCCACUUGGCUAGUGAACAGUGCUGCUCACAUGUUUGGCAACCGGCCGUAUGACCAGAACAUCAACCCGCGGGAGAACCCCUUGGUCAGCCUGGGGGCCCUAGGAGAAGGCUUCCACAAUUACCACCACACCUUCCCCUAUGACUACUCCACCAGUGAGUUUGGCUGGCGCUUCAACUUAACCACAGCCUUCAUUGACCUCAUGUGCCUGCUGGGGCUGGCCAGUGAUCGCAAGAAGGUCUCCAAGGAGGUCAUCCUGGCUCGGAAAAUGCGGACUGGAGAUGGAAGUCACAAGAGUGGCUGAGUUCCUGCUCCCUUUCACACACACAUCCACACCUCUCCUUCCUCCUUUUUUCUCCCUUCCCACCCCCUCCAAACACGCUGGACAAAAGUUUAAUGUUCUGUUAACUAACUACUGAAUAAUGCUACCAGUUUGCUUAAGAUAAUGAUAAUGAGUUUUAACACCCCCUCGCA